AAUAUGAAGCUCAUUUGGUCUCCAGAAACCGCUACAAAAGCGUACAUAGAAACUGUAAAAUCAUGUGAGAAAAUCAAAGAAUCCGGUGUGGCCGAGCUCCUAGCCGCCAUGGCCGGCGGCUGGGAUGCCAAGCUGAUAGUGGAGGCCUGGUCCUACGGCAGUCCGGUAGCCACAAGUAUCGGCCUUGCGGUUGCCGCCCGCCAGACGUGUGGGAGGCAUGUAUGCAUAGUCUUGGACGAGAGGACGCGCCAAGAGUACAUCAAGGCCAUGAGAAGCUCCACCGCGCCACCGCCGCAGCUUCCUGAAGUGGUGAUCGGAGAGGCGGAGGCAGCAAUGGAGGCGCUAGGAGGAGGCGUUGACUUUUUGGUGGUUGACUGCGGGCGGAGGGACUUUGGGAGGGUGUUGAGGUCGGCCAAGGUGAGCAAUAGAGGCGCGGUUUUUGCAUGCAAGAAUGCAUGGCAGCGAAACGUUUCGGGGUUUCAAUGGCAGUGGGCGCUUGAGAAGGGGACACGCGUCGUCAGGUCGGUGUUCCUCCCCGUUGGGAACGGAUUGGAUAUAGCUCACAUAGGGAGUUCCAGUGGUGGUGGGGCCAUGGUGUCAAGGAAGGGUCCCAGCCGUUGGAUCACACACGUCGAUCAACGGUCCGGGGAGGAACACGUGUUCCGGGAGUGAAUUUUUGGGUGUGGGGUUUUUACCUACAGAAUUUUGGGUUUCACCAACAAUUUCAUGCGUAAUGUGUCCCCCUCUUGCCAGAGACUCUAAUAUGUAUUUAUUUUUUAGUUUUUUU